AUGGACUUGAUAAAAGAAAGAACAGUUAAACGUAAAAAAUGCUAUAAAGAGUCUUCAUUUGGGAAUUUUGAAAUAAAAGGAUCGAGUCGUUUAAAAAAGAAAAUUAGAGAUUUGGAACGUCUUAUUAAAAAAGGUACAAUACCUGCAGAUGUACAAAUAGAAAUGGAAAGGGAGAUUCAGAGUUUACGUUUUGACCUUAAAAAUGUUCAUGAAUUAAAAAAGAAACAUGCUUUAGAGGGAAAAUAUAAGAUGGUUAGAUUUUUCGAGAAGAAAAAGGCAUUUCGUCGUUUGAAACAGGCUCAAAAGCAGCUUAUGGAAGUAUACGAUGAAAAUGAAAAAAAGAAGCUACAAGAAAUUGUUCAUCGAUGUCAUGUAGAUUUAAAUUAUAUAAUUGAGUUUCCUUCUUUCAAAAAGUAUAUUUCUUUGUAUAAAUUAUCUUCAGAAAAUUCAUCUACUGCACAAGAAAGAAUAAUGAUUUGGAAAAACAUAGAAAAGAAAAUGGAGUUAGAAGGGAAAAUGCAUUAA